AGAAAAUGCAUGUAGGGGUAUACAAGUUCCACAGUUGUUUUAAUCGUCGCUGAAGUGUGCUGCCAUCAGACGGGACAGAAAUUCUACUCCGAUCCAAAUAAGGGAAGGGGAAAACUAUCGUUCUUAUCUGUCAGGGGAAGAUUGUUUAUUAUUACUGGAUUCUUCGAUAAUAUCUCGUUUAAGCAUACUGUUAUCUCACCAGUAAAAUAAGUUAGUUAAAAAUGUCAUAUUCUACAAAGUACAUUUAUGCAACACUUCCUAGAACUCAGAGAGGGGCACCUAUUGUAUUAGGUGGUGAUCCUAAAGGGAAGAAUUUCCUUUACACAAAUGGCAACAGUGUGAUAAUUAGAAAUAUAGAUAAUCCAGCAAUUGCUGACAUUUAUACGGAGCAUUCAUGUGCAGUGAAUGUAGCAAAAUACUCUCCUAGUGGUUUUUAUAUUGCCUCUGGAGAUCAAUCUGGCAAAGUUAGGAUCUGGGAUACAGUUAAUAAGGAACAUCUCAUGAAAAAUGAAUUCCAGCCUAUAGGUGGUCCAAUAAAAGACAUAUCAUGGUCUCCUGACAACCAGAGAAUGGUUGUUGUUGGGGAAGGAAGAGAACGAUUUGGUCAUGUCUUCAUGUCUGAAACUGGUACUUCUGUGGGUGAAAUUGCUGGUCAAUCAAAACCUAUCAAUUCUUGUGAUUUUCGCCCUGUUAGGCCUUUUAGAAUUAUCACUGGAUCAGAAGAUAACACAAUAGGCAUUUUUGAAGGACCCCCUUUCAAAUUCAAAAUGACCAAACAGGAGCAUACCAGGUUUGUGCAAGCAGUGCGAUAUUCUCCAUCAGGAAAUCUUUUUGCAUCUGCUGGAUUUGAUGGAAAAGUAUACAUAUAUGAUGGUACAACUGCAGAUUUAGUUGGAGAAGUGGGCAGCCCUGCUCAUAAAGGUGGUGUAUAUGCUGUUGCUUGGAAACCUGAUGGUACUCAGUUGUUGACAGCCUCAGGUGAUAAGACAUGUAAGCUUUGGGAUGUCGAGACCCGAACUGUCGUCAGUGAGUUCGUCAUGGGAUCUCAAGUAGAAGACCAGCAAGUGUCCUGUCUGUGGCAAGGCCAGCACCUUCUUACCGUCUCUCUAUCUGGUUUUAUUAAUUACCUUGAUGUUAAUAACCCAGAUAAGCCCAUUAGGAUUAUUAAGGGCCACAAUAAGCCAAUUACGGUGCUGGCUCUUAGUCCUGAUAGGGAGAAGAUUUAUACUGGAUCUCAUGAUGGAUUUAUUACUUCUUGGGAUGCUAAAACAGGUGAUAAUGAUCGCGUGGAGGGUGUAGGUCAUGGUAACCAGAUAAAUGCAAUGAAAGCAGAAGAUACUCGCAUGUACACCUGUGGUAUUGACGACUCUGUUAAAGAAAUAGAUCUCACAUUGAACAAAUAUACUGGAGCUGAUGUGAGGUUAGGUGCCCAACCACGAGGAAUGGAUGUCAAAGAAGGUUUUGUUGUUGCUGCCAGUGUUAAAGAGAUUAUAGUAAUAGAACAAAACAGAAAAGUUAGUGCUCUUCCGAUCAGUUAUGAACCAUCUGCUGUAUCGAUAUGCCGAGAGGAACCCAUUGUUGCUGUAGGAGGUUUAUCAGAUAAUAAGGUUCACAUUUUCACUAUGAGUGGAACUAGCCUAAUUGAGAAAUGCACUUGUGAACAUCUAGGACCUGUUACGGAUUGCGUUUUCUCACCUGAUAGUAAAUAUCUUGUUGCAUGCGAUGCAAACAGAAAAGUUAUCCUUUAUACCGUUCCCGAGUUCCAGCUUGCUCACAAAAAAGAAUGGGGAUUCCAUAAUGCUCGAGUAAAUUGUGUGGCAUGGUCUCCUAAUUCCAUACAAGUAGCAAGCGGAUCACUGGACACUACUAUUAUUAUAUGGAGUGUUCUCCAUCCAGCAAAGCACACAAUUAUUAAAAAUGCCCAUCCACAAAGCCAGAUCACAAGGCUUGUCUGGGUGGACGAUGAAACUUUGGUUUCUGUGGGGCAAGACUGCAAUACAAAAAUCUGGACCAUUCAGCCUAUAUCGUAAACUCCUCUGGUGGCCUACUCGUUGCCUACUCAUUUGUGAUUUUAAGAGCUGAAUGAAAUCAGAGCAUUUAUUAAUCUUAAUUUAUUUAUGAAAAUCUUAAUGUCUCAGACAUUGUAUAAUUGUGACAAAUAAAAUAUCCAUUUUAUAAAAAGAAGAUAAAUACAUAAACUUUUAGUUUUCACAUCUGCUAAAUGUGAAACAUGUUAUAAUCAAAAUGAGGGCAUAUUGUUCCUUUUUAUUUGAUAAAAUCAUUAUUUUUGUCAUAAUUUUAUAUACUUUAUACAAAGUAUUGAUAUAAAUUAUAUUAUUUAAAUAUUUAUGGAUUAUUAAACAGUAUUUAUUAUGUUCAUA